AACUGCAACUGACGAACUGCGGCACGAAGACAUCAACAAUUUCAAAGCAGAGCUAAAACAAAUUCAAGCCGCAAACAGCCCAGCAGUACAGUAGUAAGUAGUACCAUGCAGGCUGCAUUCUCCGCUUGCUUUUUUGGUUCGCGAACGAUUUACAACAACUCAUUUCCAUCUUAUGGCCGCCGGUCUUUUUAAACGCGGUCGGUGAAAGAAGGUGGAGCUCGUCGAUGAUCCCCGAGAGUAUAUAGGGGGUUACAUUCUUUUCCGUAAGACUAUUAUUAGUACAUAGUUCCCCUCGAGCGGGUUAGUUACCGUACUUUUGUUAUCUACCCGUCAUGGCGUCAUAACAGUCCAUAAUAAACGAACAUCAUCUUUCUGUUUUGCAUCGAUUCUUUCGCCAUCAAUAUACUUAUCCAACAACCAACCAUACCUCUACCUUUCCAUUGAUACGAUCCAUCACUUCAAAAACAAUUACAAAAUGACAUCUUCUCCACCCAUUGACUUUGGUCCUCAUCCCCUCCUUAAAGCGGAUUAUAUCGACUCAAACUUGUCUCCGCAGCCACAUUUCUUGAAGUCGGAAGCUGUAAGGAACCAAAUAUGUAUGAGUGAUGCUGUUGGGAUGAAGUCGUUGGCGGUGCACAAAGUGAGACUUGACCCAGAGGUGGAAUCUUGCCCGAAUCACUACCACCUCAACGAGUCCGAAUGGAUAUACAUUCUUUCCGGCUCAGGUAUUCUCACACUCCUCGACGCAUCUCCAACGCUCCUCGGUCCCUCAAUGGUACCAUUCCCAGCCACCAGAUCGACGUCGACUCAAACAGUCGGUAAUAAAGGAAAGAUGACUUUGGAAAAGGAAGAAAAACACGUCAAUCCGGGGGACUUUAUAGGGUUUGAACAAGGAAUCAAAGCAAGCCGGUGGUCACAUUCCCUGAGGGCAGGUCCGCAGGGGAUUGAGUACCUUAUGGGAGGGGCCAAGAGUGGGUGUGGGGGUGGGGUCAAUCUUUGUGCAUAUCCAGAAGAAGGAAAGACAAUGGUGAUGGAAUAUCCUCAAGGGCAGGAAGGAGAUGUUGUUCGAGGGUCAGUAACAGAGUUUUAACGGGCCCGUCGUGAAAUAGACCGUCCAUUUGAAUGGGGGAAGGAGUUGAACUCUGUGAUAUAUAACAAGUUGCAUUCAUUUCCAUUUUGACACACAAUUGCUCUACCUUUUUCUUUAGUUGUGAUGCAGAACUACCUUAUCAA